ACGACGUAAUCGGCUGUGCCUACAGAAAUGCUACUGAUUGAAAAACGUUUCUUUCUUCUCGGUUUGACCGACUGAUUGUCGGUUGCCCAAAUCCAUCACGUGAUAAUAUGAAAUACAUACUAAUUAGCUAGCCACGUGCCCCAUGUUUCUACUGAUAUUCUUGUGGAAUAGCCAGUGACGUCACAUCGUCUUUUGGCGGAAAAUGUGACGUAGGCGGAAAUGCGACAGUGUUUUGUAUCUUCGGUGGUGAUAAAAGUGAAGUUUGGUGUGAAACGACGGGCAAAUAAAGAGCGGCAAAGAAGAUCCGAGCGAGAUGACGACUUCUUGUGGGCUCAAAGGGAAAUUGGAGCAAAGGUCAAAACAGCUGCGAGUGAAAGUGAAACUAGAAGAAGAAGAAGAAAGGGCACCUUUGACGGCGAGUGGCUUCAGCUGCACAGAAAAUACGUCGUGUAAAUGACAACAGGCCCACUUCCUGCCAUGAUGAAGCAAGCUGUACUUUGUGGCUUCCUGCUCCUGCUGGUGGACUCGCUGCUCACAAUGGCCUUUUGGAGUGGGAUGGUUCUGCUUGGGGUAUCAAACUGCGGCGCAGUGGAACAGUGGGGCUUUGCUGUGCUCAAAUGGGUAGUCCUUUAUUCCUUCACAUGUGCACUGACUAAUGGGAGAUGCCAGGGGGCGCUAGGGAGGCUGGCGGCGCUCCUCUCUUUACUGCCUCCUGUGGUGGAAAGCGGGCGGGCACUCUCAGCGUCCCCCCUGGAGCCGUACGAGACCCCGCCCCCUAGCCCUGGGACAGCGCUGCUGUCGGCGCUGAGCUCGGUGCUGAGUUGCGUUGUUUGGGAGGUGGGCAUCGGUGGCGGGCGGGCACGGGACCAUGAGCCACAUCAGGGCGUUCGCCGCCUGCUCACCAGGGUAUUCCAGUACUUCAAACCUGACUUCCUGUUGCUGUCUUCAGCGUUCAGCUUCCUCAUCCUCGCAGUGGGCUGUGACACAUUCAUCCCGUUGUACCAGGGCAAGAUCAUGGACAUGCUCCAAGGGACUCACCUUGACUCGAGCUUCUUCUCCACCGUGGCACUGCUGGCCUCCUUGUCUCUCGGAAGCUGCGCAUUUGCGGGCCUGAGGGCGGCAUUCUUCAUGUGCUCGCACGGCCGCCUCAACAAGAGACUCAAACUUGUGCUCUUCCAGUCGCUGCUGACACAGGAAGUGCACUUCUUUGAGGAGAACAAUCCAGGACAUCUUUCUUCUCGCCUGCACUCGGACGUGGACAAGAUGGGCCUGACGGUGGCGCUCAACGGCAAUGCUGUGAUCCGCAGCACGGUGAAGACCAUCCUGAUGAUGGCGGUCAUGUUGAGUCUGUCCUGUCAGCUGACCAUGCUCACGUGCAUCGAGAUCCCGCUGAUGGCGGCGCUGCAGAAGCACCACUUGGCCCGCUCCAAGGAGCUCACGGACCAGAAGCAGGACUGUCUGGCCGCCGUCCAAGAGCUCGCCAAUCAGUCGGUGGGCAGGAUUCGCAUAGUCCGCAGCUUCAACGGCGAGCGUGAAGAAUUGAGGCGCUAUCGAGGGGCUCUGGAUAAGCUAACCGCCGUCAGAAGACGCGCUGGAGUCUACAACGCCAUUUUCAUUUUAAUACGGCGGUUGGGAAGUUUGGCCAUCAAGAUGGCGAUGCUGCUUCGCGCUCGCACGCUCAUCUCGAGCGGUCAGGUCAGCAUCGGAAGUCUGCUUUCCUUCUUCCUGUUCCGGAAGCCCAUGUCGCACAACCUGAAGGAGAUCUUGUUCUGCUGUGGAGAGACGCUGUCCACGGUGGGCGUCAUCGCCAAAGUCUUCAGCUAUCUGGACCGGAUGCCAAAAGGCCACAAGGAUGGCCCCUUGGCGCCCGAAAUGCUGCGGGGGGGGAUCGUUUUCCAGGAUGUCACCUUCAGGUACCCGUCCACAGAUCCGGACAAACCGGUGCUGAAGGCGGUUUCCAUGGAGUUGGAGGCGGGGAAAGUGACGGCGCUGGUGGGUCCGUCCGGGAGCGGAAAGACUUCCUGCGUCAGCCUCUUGAAAAGGUUCUACGAACCCCAACAGGGUCGCAUCCUCCUGGACGGCGAGCCGCUGCACCGCUACCAGAAGCGCUACCUCCAUGAAAAGGUGGUUCUGGUUGAGCAGAAUCCGGUUCUGAUGUGCGGGUCUUUGAGGUACAACGUGAAGUACGGCCUGCCGUCGUGCGACUUCCAGCGGGUGCGAGAAGCCGCCGUGAAGAUCAAAGCGUAUGAGCUUUUGUCCAAGAUGGAAGACGAGGAUGCGGACGCGUUCCGAGGCAGCCGCUGCCUGUCAGAGAGCGAGAAGCAGAACAUGGCUUUGGUGCGGGCUCUGGUCCGAGACCCUCGGGUCAUCCUAUUGGACGAGGCCACAAGCCAACUGGACGGCGAAGCGCAGGAUGCGGUCCUGCAGGAGCUUCUGCGGCGCGGCCGCACAGUCCUGAUGGUGGCGCACCGCAUGAGCAGCGCUGAGAAAGCGGACCGCAUCAUCUUCUUGGAGGACGGCGCCAUCGUGGAGGAGGGGACGCACGAGCAGCUGAUGGCCAAGAGAGGACGCUACCGCCACCUCAGGGACGCGCUCUUCUCCGAACAACUUCCUGACCCUCCGAUGACCUAACUAAUGACCUUUUAUUUUGUGUUGACUUCCUGUUUACUAAAGCUUUUAAAGAAACAUUCACAACGUUUCCGCUUGUGUGAAGCACCGCCCCCUGCAGGCCGUCAUUAUCAUAACCAUGUCCACUUCUAGUUUUUCCGGAACAGAAC